UGGAUGCGGUAUGUUUCCACAAAUAUGUUGUAUUCGACAAAUGAUUGUCCUGGGCCCAUUGCUAGGCCAGGAAAUAUUCUUGAUGACUGGCCGCUGCGUCAAGUAGGGUUUGGUUUUAUAGACGCCAUCCUUCCAGUUCCAGACGACCAUCCUCAGGCUUACUUCUUUAGUCGCGAUGAAUCUGCCCUCAUCCAGCUCGGCUCGUCACCCGGAGGAGUUUUUUUGGUUGAAUCCCCGGAGACCACUGUCAAGGACUGA